CACUCCCCCCUUCUGCCAUCACACUCCACCACCACCGCUCACCAACAACAACCGAGCAGAGCAGCCCAUCCAUCCCCCUCUCCGCACGGCUGCUCUCCUUCUUCUCCUCUGUGUCCGGCCGCCGGUCUCCUCUGCUCCAGCGAGCUCCCAGUUGUAGACGACCGUACCCACAUGGCGAUGGCGUCGCACAACGGCGGCACCACCAAGCACCUACCGCCGAUGGAGGUCUCCAUGGAGGCCGGGAACGGCGACGCGGCCGAGUAUCUCGACGACGACGGGCGGCCACGCCGCACCGGCACGUUCUGGACGGCGAGCGCGCACAUCAUCACCGCCGUGAUCGGCUCCGGCGUGCUCUCCCUGGCCUGGGCCAUCGCGCAGCUCGGCUGGGUGGCCGGCCCCGCCGCCAUGCUGCUCUUCGCCUUCGUCACCUACUACACCGCCACGCUGCUCGCGGAGUGCUACCGCACCGGCGACCCGGACACGGGCAAGCGCAACUACACCUACAUGGACGCCGUCCGGUCCAACCUCGGCGGCGCCAGGGUCGCCUUCUGUGGCUGCAUCCAGUACGCCAACCUCGUCGGCGUCGCCAUCGGCUACACCAUCGCGUCGUCCAUCAGCAUGCAGGCUAUCAGUAGAGCUGGCUGCUUCCAUAAGCGAGGCCACGCCGUGCCGUGCAAGAGCUCGAGCAAUCCCUACAUGAUCCUCUUUGGAGCUGUGCAGAUCCUCUUCUCCCAGAUACCAGACUUCGAUCAGAUUUGGUGGUUAUCCAUCGUCGCUGCUGUCAUGUCUUUCACCUACUCCAGCAUCGGGUUGUCACUCGGCAUCGCACAGACUGUUGCUAAUGGUGGGUUCAAGGGCAGCCUCACCGGCAUCAGCAUCGGCGCCGACGUCACCUCCACGCAGAAGGUCUGGCACAGCCUGCAAGCCUUCGGCGACAUCGCCUUCGCCUACUCAUUCUCCAACAUCCUCAUCGAGAUCCAAGACACGAUCAAGGCGCCGCCACCGUCGGAGUCGAAGGUGAUGCAGAAGGCGACGCGUCUGAGCGUGGCGACGACGACCAUCUUCUACAUGCUGUGCGGAUGCAUGGGGUACGCGGCGUUCGGCGACAAAGCCCCCGACAACCUCCUCACGGGGUUCGGCUUCUUCGAGCCGUUCUGGCUGAUCGACAUCGCCAACAUCGCCAUCGUGGUGCACCUCGUCGGCGCCUACCAGGUGUUCUGCCAGCCCAUCUUCGCCUUCGUCGAGCGCCGCGCCGCCGCGGCGUGGCCGGACAGCGCCUUCAUCGCCCGGGAGCUCCGCGUCGGCCCCUUCGCGCUGAGCCUUUUCCGCCUGACGUGGCGGUCGGCAUUCGUGUGCGUCACCACCGUCGUCGCCAUGCUCCUCCCCUUCUUCGGCAACGUCGUCGGCUUCCUCGGCGCCGUCUCGUUCUGGCCGCUCACCGUCUACUUCCCCGUCGAGAUGUACAUCAAGCAGCGCCGCGUGCCGCGGGGCAGCACCAAGUGGAUCUGCCUCCAGACGCUCAGCGUCGGGUGCCUGUUCGUGUCCAUCGCCGCCGCGGCCGGCUCCAUUGCCGACGUUAUCGACGCGCUCAAGGUCUACCACCCGUUCAGCAGUUAAUUGUUGUUUAGCUGGAGAGGAGGAUGGACGUAUGUACUGCAUGCAGUAUUCAAUGCGUUCAACGACUUUGGUCAAUCGUACUACAAGGGGUCAAGGGGAGGGAGAGAGAAAAAAAAUGCAGUGUGAGAUGUUUCUUUGCAUGGAGGCCCUUAUAGAACAGUGACGCUUAAUUAAGUGAAAGGUGUAGGCACCCUUGUGCACAUGCUGGUAGCAUUCCUUGGAAGACAAAAGACAAGGGGUGUGGGGCCAGAAUGGCAGGAGGUGGGUGUUGUGAUGAGUCUACUGUAGGUGUAUGGAGCUAAAAAAAAUGUUUCUUUUAACUUUUUUAUUAACAAUUUUAUUUUGUAUAUGUUUUCCUCCUGUAAGGUUAUGUUUGAGAAAUAGCAAAUGACAAUCGAGAGUUCCUCUCUCUCUCUCAAUA